AUAGUGACGGGUCCUGGCAACCCGGGGACGCCAGAGGGAGUUAGGCCUUUCACUGAGCCUGCGGAUGAGCCCCCCUCAGUUACCUACCACCCCCGGGUGAGCUCUUCCCCGUAACUCCCCCCCCCCCCGGGACACCCCGCCAUCAUGUCGCUGCCUGGGGAGGGAGACAAGAGGAAACGCUUCAUAUCGGUCACCGCAGCAAAUUAUUUCGGCCUCGCGGCGUCGGCCGAUACCACCGACCCGUCCAGUGCGCUCGUUGCCAGCCCCCAACUGGCCAGCUUCCUGGACGACGGCAACGAGUUCCUCCUCACUGUGCGGCACUCGGGCACCCAGCUCACCGUGUCCAACAAGGUUGAAGCUGGUGAUUCAAAAGAUAAAGUAUUGGUAUUCUUUAAGCUGCGACCAGAUGCUAUUACAGAAGAUAAUCUUCAUAGUAAUAUUCUUGUGUCAUCUAUGUUAGAUUCACCUAUUAAUACACUUUAUCAAGCAGUACGGCAGGUAUUUGCACCAGUAUUAUUAAAGGAUGAGAAAUGGAGUAGGGAGUUUGAUCCCAAACUCCAGAGCCUUCUGAGUGAGCUAGAGAUUGGUUUGGGCACUGUCCUCAGAAGAUCAGAUCCUAAUUACUCAGGAACCAAAUUCCGUGAAGAUGAUGUGCGCGCAAUACUUACACCAAAUGAUGAGUUUCAGUUCUGGAUAGAGCGUGCUCAUCGUGGAAGUAAAUCAUGUAGCAAAGAGAGAGCGUCUCAUUUUAAAGAUCUGUUUGAAGCAAUUGCAAGAGAUUAUUACAAUUUGGAUAGUCUCUCUUUAUUUGAAGUUGUGGAAUUAGUGGAGACUACUCGGGAUACUGUUGACGAUGUAUGGAGACAAACAGAACACGAUCCCUUUCCACAGCCACGCAUGCAAAAUCUUUUGGAUGUCAUAGGUGGCUCUCUUGGUAGGUUUGUUCAGAAAAAAAUGGGAACUUUGAAUCUGUGGGAGGAUGCUUUUCACAUUGUGAAAGAAAAUCUGAAGGCUGGUAUCAUGAUUUGUGAACAGUGGGUAGCUGCCUGUGAUCACCUAACUGGACAACUAUGGCAACGGUAUACACCACAUCUGUGGAAAAGUGAGAAAUAUGUUCCUGAAUCAUUAGACAAACUUGGCAAACGUCUUGAUGAGGUGCUGACUAUUAGAACACUUCAUGAAAAACUUGCAUAUUUUUUACCAGUGGGGGAACAGCAAACAUUGCAUCUUGCUCAGGUGUUUGAACCCUUUGCUGGCCUGAAUCCUGUGCACUAUAACCCCUACACAGAGCCUUUAUGGAGAGCUGCAGUGUCUCAGUAUGAGAGAAUUGUUGCACCAGUGGAACAGAAAAUAGCAAGCAAAUUGAAAACAUUUAUUUCAGAAAUUCAAGACAGUCCGCAACAGCUGCUUCAAGCAUUUCAGAAAUAUAAGGAACUGGUAAAACGCCCAAGCAUUAGUAAAGAGUUGCUUUUGGAAAGGGAAACUUUGCUAGCAAGACUUCAGGACUCUGUCAAAGAUUUUCGAACAGACUUUGAAGCUCGAUGCCAUGGUGUUCCUGGUGAUGUAUCUGGACCACUUUCAGGAAAAAAUCUUUCUGAAGUUGUCAAUAAUAUUGUUUGGGUGCGGCAGCUGCAGUUGAAGGUAAAUGAUGCCAUCAAGAUUGCAGAGGCUCUUCUUUCUGACUUGUCUGGAUUUCAAACAUUCCGUCAAAAUGCAGAUGAUCUUUUAGAACAGUUGAAGGUUUACGAACAAGAACAAUUUGAUGGUUGGUCCAGGGACAUUCAGUCAGGUUUGUCGAAUCCCCGGUCAGGACUUUGCAUGCAAGCUAGUAGUCCUAUUAUGGAGCUGGAUCAUUGUGAUGGAGAAUUAAAAAUACAUUAUUCGGAUCGUUUGGUGACUCUCCUAAGAGAAGUGCGUCAGUUAUCUGCACUUGGCUUUGUUAUUCCUGCUAAAAUACAGCAAGUUGCAAACACUGCACAAAAAUUCUGCAAGCAAGCAGUUAUCCUCAAGCAGGUGGCACAUUUUUACAAUUCAAUUGAUCAACAAAUGAUUCAGAGUCAGAAGCCAAUGAUGUUACAGUCUGCCUUAGCAUUUGAACAGAUCAUUAAGCAUUCGAAAGCUGGCUCUGGGGGAAAGACACAGAUAACGUGGGAUAACCCUAAAGAAUUAGAAGCAUACAUUCAAAAACUACAAGCUGCUGCUGAACGGCUUUCCACUGAAAACAGAAAACUAAGAAAGUGGCAUACUAACUUCAUUGAAAAGGUUGUAGUUCUCAUGAACAUUGAUCUACUGCGGCAGCAGCAGCGUUGGAAGGAUGGACUACAGGAACUAAGAACUGGUUUUGCCAGCCUUGAGUCACAGGGUUUUCUUCCUCGUGAUAUGAAAGCAUGGAGACAACACUGGAAUCAUCAACUCUAUAAAGCUCUGGAGCAUCAAUAUCAAAUGGGUUUGGAGGCACUCAAUGAGAAUCUACCAGAAAUAAAUAUUGAUUUAACUUAUAAACAAGGAAGAUUACAAUUCAAACCCCCUUUUGAAGAAGUACGAGCUAGAUACUACAGAGAAAUGAAGAGAUUCAUCUCCAUUCCAAAUCAGUUUAGAGGAGUGAGUGAAACAGAAGAGGAGUCCAUCUUCACUAUUAUGACUGAAAGAAAUGCAAAUGGAUUUCUGACUACUUUCAAUAAAGCAGAGGAUUUGUUCAGAAGACUGGCAGAAGUUUCAAACCAAUUUAAGGAAUGGAUUAUAAUUGGGCAAGUAGAUAUGGAAACUCUGGUGGAGAAACAUCUUUCUAGUGAACAAGAUUGGGAAAAAAACUUUAAAGCAUUAAAAGGGAAAGGGAAAGAAGUGGAACGCCUUCCAAGCACCAUCAAGAUAGAUUGUUUAAUUGUAAAUUGCAAUCCUGUGAAGACUGUGAUUGAUGAUCUUAUUCAGAAGCUUUAUGAUGUUCUUGUUCUAUCUUUAAGAAAGUCCAUACAAGCUCAUCUACAUGAUAUUUCAUCGUUUCUUACUGAUGCCAUGGAAGCAUUAAUAGUUAGGCCCCAGACUGUAGAUGAAAUUGGAGAAGAUAACUUAAAGUAUGGAAAUUUACAAGAAAAAAAAGCAGAGAUUUUUCUCCAGCUUCAAGAAGCUGAAAAUAAAAACAAGCUUUUCCGGACCGUGGCUGGUGGGGGUUUAGACACAAUCAGCAACCUGAGAGCUAUGUGGGAUAAAUUUGAAUUAAUGAUGGAAAGUCAUCAACUUAUGAUUAAGGAACAGAUUGAAGUAAUGAAAGGAAAUGUGAUGUCACGUGUUAAUGUGUAUCUUCAAGAACUAGAAAAGUUUAAAGUUCGCUGGGAUCAGCUAAAGCCCAGCGAUGAUAUCAUUGAAGCAGGCCAUCAGGAUAUGCUUGAGAAAAGUGCUCAGACCAUAAAGGAAAAGAAAAUUGAGUUUGAUGAACUUGAAGCCACAAAGAAAAAACUGAUCGAGGACUGCCAUCAUUUUGAAUUAGAAGAGCCUGAUUUCUCUUUGGCAAAAGCUGUAUGUAGAGAUAUUGAGAACUGUGCAGAAGUAUGGGCACUAUAUGAAGAAUUUCAUCAAGGUUUUCAGGAAAAAGCCAAAGAAGACUGGAUUACUUUUAGGAGUAAGACUUACCUGUUUGAGGAAUUCUUGUUGAACUGGCAUGAUAAGCUGAGGAAGAUGGAAGAACACACUGUAAUGACUGUGAAGUUGCAAAAAGAAGUGGACAAAUACAAAAUGACACUUCCUGUCCUGAAAUAUGUUAGAGGAGAACACCUGUCUCCAGAUCAUUGGCUGGACCUCUUUCGUCUUCUUGGUCUCCCUAGAGGCACUAGUCUAGAGAAUUUGUUGUUUGGAGAUCUACUCAAAGUGUCAGAUGUAAUUGUAGAAAAAGCAGCAGCACUUAAGGAUUUGAAUAGUCGGGCACAAGGUGAAGUCACAAUCAGAGAGGCCUUACGUGAACUUGAGCUCUGGGGUGUUGGAGCAGUCUUCACAUUAACAGAUUAUGAAGACAGCCAGAGCAGGACUAUCAAACUAAUUAAAGACUGGAAAGACAUAGUUAACCAGGUUGGAGAUAAUCGCUGUCUUCUUCAGUCCCUAAAGGACUCUCCAUAUUACAAAGGCUUUGAGGAUAAAGUGUCUAUCUGGGAAAGAAAACUUGCUGAGCUGGAUGAGUACCUGCAGAAUUUAAACCAGAUUCAAAGGAAGUGGGUGUAUUUGGAACCCAUUUUCGGUCGUGGAGCUCUACCCAAAGAGCAGGCACGUUUUAAUAGAGUUGAUGAAGACUUCAGAUCCAUAAUGAUAGAUAUCAAGAGGGACAAUAGAAUAACAUCACUGAAUGCUCGGACAGGAAUGAGGCAUGCGUUGAUUACCCUACUUGAUCAGCUUCAGAGAUGUCAAAAAUCCUUGAAUGAAUUUCUGGAGGAAAAGCGUUCAGCAUUCCCUAGAUUCUAUUUCAUUGGAGAUGAUGAUUUAUUAGAAAUCUUGGGACAGUCCACUAAUCCUUCAGUGAUUCAGUCUCAUCUUAAGAAACUUUUUGGUGGAAUUAAUAGUGUCAGCUUUGAUGGGGACUUUAAAAACAUAAUUGCAAUGAAAUCUUUAGAGGGAGAAGUUGUACCUUUUAAAAAUAAAAUUCUUCUCUCAAGUGAUGUUGAGGUUUGGUUAAAUUGUUUGGCUUUGGAGAUGAAGGACACAUUGAAACAAUUAUUGCUUGACUGUGUUACUGCUGGAAGACGUUCACAAGGUUCAAUUGAUCCAUCACUCUUUCCUUCCCAGAUUCUUUCCUUGGCAGAACAAAUUCAGUUCACUGAAGAUGUUGAAACUGCUAUCAAAGAACAUAACCUGCAGCAGAUAGAGUUAGAACUUACGGCUAAACUGGAACAUUAUACCAGUAUAGAUACUAGUAUGGAAGAUCCAGGGAGAGUAGAAUCUGGAAUCCUUGAGCUCAAGCUUAAAGCACUGAUUCUUGAUAUUAUUCAUAACAUUGAUGUGGUGAAGCAGCUAAAUCAAGCCCAGAUUAAUAGUGUUGAUGACUGGGUGUGGAAGAAACAACUCAGAUUCUAUCUGAAAGACCAAAAAUGUUACAUUCAAAUGGUAGAUGCUGAACUCCAGUAUACCUAUGAAUAUCAGGGUAAUUCCCCGAAACUUGUUUAUACACCAUUGACAGAUAAGUGCUACUUAACUCUUACUCAGGCUAUGAAGAUGGGCCUCGGAGGAAAUCCUUAUGGGCCAGCUGGAACUGGAAAAACAGAAUCAGUAAAGGCUUUGGGUGGACUUCUUGGAAGACAAGUUUUAGUUUUUAAUUGUGAUGAGGGUAUUGACGUGAAGUCGAUGGGUCGUAUUUUUGUUGGUUUGGUGAAGUGUGGUGCCUGGGGAUGUUUCGAUGAGUUCAAUAGGCUGGAGGAGGCAGUAUUGUCUGCAGUGUCCAUGCAAAUUCAGACAAUUCAGCAUGCUUUGAAGAAGCAUAGACCUGUAUGUGAACUACUUGGCAAGGAGGUUGAAAUGGAUCAUAAUUCUGGAAUUUUCAUCACUAUGAAUCCUGCUGGAAAAGGUUAUGGAGGAAGACAAAAACUGCCUGAUAACCUCAAACAGCUUUUUAGGCCAGUUGCUAUGACUCGUCCAGAUAAUGAACUCAUUGCGGAAGUUAUUCUGUAUUCAGAAGGUUUUAAAGAGGCUAAAACCCUUGGCAGAAAGUUGGUGGCUAUUUUUAAUCUAGCCAGGGAGCUUUUGACACCCCAGCAACACUAUGACUGGGGCUUAAGAGCAAUGAAGACUGCUCUGAGAGGAUGUGGCAAUCUCCUUCGUCACCUGAAGAAAAAUGGAAUGAAGGAAAAAAUUAAUGAAAGCCAUAUUGUGGUCCAAGCUUUGCGCCUCAAUACCAUGUCAAAGCUUACAUUUGCAGACUGUGCCCGGUUUGAUGCAUUGGUUAAAGAUGUGUUCCCUGGCAUUGGUUUUAAGGAUGUAGAAUAUGCUGAAUUAACCACUUCUUUACAACAAGUCUUUGAGGAAGCCAAUUUGGAAAUUAUAAACACCCAGAUCAAGAAAGCUUUGGAAUUGUAUGAACAGCUACGUCAGAGAAUGGGUGUGGUUAUUGUAGGUCCGAGUGGUGCAGGUAAAUCAACGCUUUGGCAGAUGUUAAGGACAGCGCUUGGUAAAACUGGCAAAGUGGUGAAACAAUAUACUAUGAAUCCCAAAGCUAUGCCUCGACAUCAGUUACUAGGUCACAUUGACAUGGAUACCAGGGAGUGGUCUGAUGGUGUGCUUACAAGCAGUGCUCGACAAGUGGUACGAGAACCGCAAGAUGUUAACUCAUGGAUAAUCUGUGAUGGUGACAUCGACCCUGAGUGGAUUGAGUCUUUGAAUUCUGUCCUGGAUGACAAUCGAUUACUCACUAUGCCCAGUGGAGAAAGAAUUCAGUUUGGCCCAAAUGUAAACUUUGUAUUUGAAACACAUGAUCUGAGUUGUGCCUCUCCUGCCACAAUUUCACGGAUGGGAAUGAUCUUCCUGAGUGAUGAAGAUACGGAUCUUAAUUCUUUGAUAAAAUCUUGGCUAAGAAACCAGCCUGAAGAAUGCAGACAUAAUCUUGAAAAUUGGAUUGGGAACUAUUUUGAAAAGGCAUUAAACUGGGUUCUAAAACAGAAUGACUAUGUGGUAGAAACAAGUCUAGUUGGCACUGUGAUGAAUGGGUUGUCUCAUCUCCGUGGAUGCACUGAUCGUGGACAAUUUAUUAUUAGCUUAAUGCGGGGUCUUGGUGGAAAUCUCAACAUGAAAUCACGACUGGAAUUUACAAAAGAGAUUUUUAAUUGGGCACGAGAAUCUCCACCAGAUCCCAGGAAGCCACUGGACACAUAUUAUGACCCUGACACUGGACAUUUAAUGUCAUAUCAGCUGAGAAAACCUAUACAUUUAACUGCUGAUGACUUUAGUAAUCUCCGAACACUUCCUGUCAUUCAAACCCCUGACAUGCAGAGAGGUUUAGAUUACUUCAGACCAUGGCUAGACUUUGACAAUAAGCAGCCAUUUCUUCUUAUUGGGCCUGAAGGAUGUGGAAAGGGAAUGUUGCUUCGUUAUGCCUUUUCCCAACUCCGAUCCACCCAGAUUGCUACAGUUCACUGCAGUGCACAAACUACAUCUCGACAUCUUCUCCAAAAGUUAAAUCAGACUUGCAUGGUAAUCAGUACAAAUACUGGGAGAGUAUACAGACCGAAAGACUGUGAAAGGCUGGUUUUAUACUUAAAGGACAUCAACCUGCCCAAACCUGAUAAAUGGGGAACCAGCACUCUAGUGGCUUUCCUGCAACAGAUUCUGACGUACCAAGGAUUUUACGAUGAAAAUCUUGAAUGGGUUGGUUUAGAAAGUAUCCAAAUUGUGGCAUCCAUGUCUGCUGGGGGAACAUUAGGAAGGCAUAAACUUACAUCCAGAUUUACUUCUGUUGUUCGUCUUUGUGCAAUUGACUAUCCAGAAAGAGACCAACUGCAAACAAUUUAUAGUGCAUAUUUGGAGCCUGUGCUUCACAAAAACCUAAAGAAUCACUCUGUUUGGGGUUCCUUACCAAAAAUACAUCAGCUGGCAGGAUCUAUGGUUCAAAUAUAUGAGCAGGUACGAGCAAAAUUCACAGUUGAUGAUCAUAGUCAUUACCUCUUUACACCAUACAUUCUUACUCAAUGGGUUCUUGGCUUAUUCAGAUAUGAUGUAACAGGAGGGUCAUCAACACACACACUAGAUUACGUUUUGGAAAUUGUUGCUUAUGAAGCCCGUCGCCUCUUCCGUGACAAGAUUGUUGGUGCUAAAGAACUCCUCAUAUUUGAUAAUAUUUUAAUGAAAGUGUUUCAAGGAGACUGGGGCUCAGAUAUCCUGGAGAAUAUGGCAGAUAGCUUCUAUGUAACAUGGGGAGCUCAUCAUGAGGCGGGAACAUUCAGAGCACCAGAGCAGGCAUUACCACCUCAUGGAAAGCCACUUGGCAAAUUAAAUUCAGAAGACCUAAAAGAUGUUAUCAAAAAGGGUAUUAUUCAUUAUGGACGAGAUAACAAGGAGAUAGAGAUUUUACUUUUCCAAGAAGUCCUUGAUUAUGUGUCCAGGAUAGACAGAGUGCUGAGUUUUCCUGGAGGAUCACUUCUUUUAGCAGGACGUAGUGGUGUUGGUCGUCGGACAGUUACCUCUUUAGUUAGUCACAUGCAUGGAUCUAUUCUGAUUACUCCCAAGAUUUCCAGAGAUUAUGAACUGAAGCAGUUCAAAAAUGAUCUUAAACAGGUGAUGCAGCUUGCUGGUAUUGAAGCACAACAGGUUGUAUUGCUGCUCGAAGACUAUCAGUUUGUCCACUCCACGUUCCUUGAGAUGGUCAACAGUCUAUUGUCAUCAGGUGAGGUUCCUGGACUGUACACUAUAGAAGAAUUAGAACCAUUACUGUCUCCUCUGAAGGAUCAAGCUGCCCAAGAUGGAUUUACAGGACCAGUCUUCAACUAUUUUACAUACAGGAUUCAGCAGAACUUGCACAUUGUCUUGAUUAUGGAUUCUGCCAAUUUAAAUUUCACAAUAAAUUGUGAGAGUAAUCCAGCACUGCAUAAAAAAUGUCAGGUGUUGUGGAUGGAAAGCUGGUCUGAAAGCAGUAUGAAAAAGAUACCUGAAAUGUUUUUUGCUGAUUUGGAUGAACAAGAAAAGACUGGCAGAGCACAUAAAGAACCUAAGAAAAAAUAUUCUGGUGAUUCUGAUUUUUUGAAAUCUUUUUUGGUGAUCCAUGAGUCCUGUAAAGCAUAUGGAGCAACUCCAAGCAGAUAUAUGACUUUCCUGCGUGUAUAUAGUGCCAUCAAUAGCAGCAAAAGAGCAGAGUUGUUAAAAAGGCAAAGCCAUUUGCAGGCAGGAGUGUCUAAGCUGAAUGAAGCCAAAGCCCUAGUAGAUGAACUGAACAGAAAAGCUGGAGAACAAAGCAUAUUACAAACUAAGCAAGAUGAAGCUGAUGCUGCACUCCAAGAAAUUACAGUGUCUAUGCAGGAUGCCAGUGAGCAAAAGACAGAAAUGGAAAAAAUUAAACACAAGAUAGCAGAAGAAGUGUAAAAAUUGAAAAAGAAAAAGAAAAUUGAAGAUGAACUAAAAGAGGUUCAGCCACUGGUUAAUGAAACUAAAUUAGCAGUUGGAAAUAUAAAGCAGAGUCUUUGUCAGAAUCCGGUCACUACGAAUGCACCUGACAUAAUCAGAGAUAUACUAGAGGGUGUUUUACGACUGAUGGGGAUUUUUGAUACAUGGGUGAGCAUGAAGAGUUUCCUUGCCAAAAGAGGAGUGAGAGAAGACAUUGCAACCUUUGAUGCCCGUAACAUUCCAAAGGAAAUACGAGAGAGUGUAGAAGAACUGCUGUCUAAAAACAAGACAUCUUUUGAUCCAAAGAUGCCUAAACGAGCUAGUAUUGCUGCCGCUCCACUUGCAGCUUGGGUUAAGGCAAAUGUCCAGUAUUCCUGUCUUGAACGAAUUCAGCCUCUGGAAAAAGAACAGGCAGGAUUGGAAGCUAACCUAAAGAAAACUGAAGACAGAAAACAGAAGCUAGAAGAUCUGCUUAACUCUGUUGGUCAAAAAGUGUCAGAACUAAACGAGAAGUUCCAGAGUAGAACAACUGAAGCAGCUAAACUUGAAGCUGAAGUCGUUAAAGCACAAGAAACACUCAAAGCCGCAGAGGUACUGAUUAAUCAACUUGAUAGGGAACACAAGAGAUGGAACACACAGGUUUCAGAGAUCACAGAUGAACUAGCCACUCUGCCUAAAAGAGCUCAGUUGGCUGCUGCUUUCAUAACUUAUCUUUCUGCUGCUCCAGAGGAUCAGCGAAAAAUUAGCUUGGAUGAGUGGACAAAAUCAGCUGGUCUUGAAAAAUUUGAUAUGAGGCGGUUUCUGUGCACAGAGAGUGAGCAACUAAUUUGGAAAAGUGAAGGUUUACCCUCAGAUGACCUUUCAAUAGAAAAUGCUCUUGUGAUCUUGCAGAGUCGAUUUUGUCCCUUUUUAAUAGAUCCUUCUUCAAGGGCUACAGAAUGGUUGAAGACACAUUUGAAAGAUUCUCGCUUGGAAGUUAUUAACCAACAGGAUGCUAGCUUCAUUACUGCUCUUGAGCUGGCAGUGAGAUUUGGGAAAACACUUAUUCUACAGGAGAUGGAUGGAGUAGAGCCAGUUCUUUAUCCGCUGUUAAGAAAAGAUCUUGUUGCUCAAGGACCACGAUAUGCUAUACAAAUAGGUGACAAAAUUAUUGACUAUAAUGAAGAAUUCCGCCUAUUUCUGUCAACGCGAAACCCAAAUCCCUUUAUUCCACCUGAUGCAGCUUCCAUUAUUACUGAAGUUAACUUUACUACUACAAGAAGUGGUUUAAGAGGACAGCUUUUAGCUUUAACUAUCCAGCAUGAAAAACCAGAUUUGGAAGAACAGAAGACAAAACUGUUGCAACAAGAAGAAGACAAGAAGAUACAAUUAGCUAAACUUGAGGAAUCUCUUUUGGAGACUCUUGCAACAUCACAAGGCAACCUACUUGAAAAUAAGGAUCUGAUUGAAUCUUUGAAUCAGACUAAAGCAAGUAGUGCACUCAUCCAAGAAUCUCUUGCUGAGUCUCACAAACUUCAAAUUUCUCUUGAUCAGGAGAGGGAUGCCUAUCUCCCUCUAGCUGAGAGUGCCAGCAAGAUGUACUUUAUUAUCUCUGACUUGUCCAAAAUUAAUAACAUGUACCGUUUUAGUUUGGCUGCUUUCCUCCGACUUUUCCAAAGGGCUUUGCAGAGCAAGCAGGAUUCAGAAAAUACUGAAGAAAGAAUUAUGUCUCUUAUCAGCUCAUUAAAACACAUGGUGUAUGAAUAUGUCUGUCGCUGCUUGUUUAAGGCUGAUCAACUAAUGUUUGCUUUGCAUUUUGUAAGAGGAAUGCACCCUGAACUUUUCCAAGAUAAUGAAUGGGAUACUUUUACAGGUGUGAUCAUUGGAGACAUGUUAAGAAAAUCGGAUUCACAAAGAGGUAUCCGUGACCAAAUUCCAUCUUGGAUAGAACAGGAACGAACUUGGGCAGUAGCAUCCCUGAAGAUCUCUCUCCCAGCUCUAUAUCAGACACUCUGCUUUGAAGAUGCAGAUCUGUGGCGUACAUUCUCUCAGAGCUCUACAUGUGAACAAGAUUUUCCAUCCAUUAUUGCAAAGAAUAUUACCCUAUUUCAACAGGUCCUUGUGGUCCAGGCUGUCAGACCAGACAGACUUCAGAGUUCAAUGGCCCUUUUUGCAUGUAAAGCCCUAGGAAUAAAAGAGUUGUCCCCACCACCCCUGAAUCUAAAACGUCUGUAUAAAGAGACAUUGGAGAUUGAGCCCGUCUUGAUAAUUAUUUCCCCUGGUGCUGAUCCUUCUCAAGAACUACAAGAACUUGCCAGUGUGGAAAGACAUGGAGAGUGCUACCACCAGGUUGCAAUGGGCCAAGGCCAAGCUGACUUAGCCAUUCAAACUCUAAAAGAAUGUGCACGCAAUGGAGAAUGGCUUUGUUUGAAGAACUUGCAUCUUGUUGUAUCUUGGCUUCCUAUUUUGGAAAAGGAAUUGAAUACUCUUCAGCCCAAACCUAAUUUUCGUCUGUGGCUUACUGCUGAAGUUCAUCCAAAAUUUACUCCGAUUUUGCUUCAGUCAAGUCUGAAAAUAACAUAUGAGGCCCCUCCAGGCCUAAAAAAGAAUUUGAUGAGAACCUAUGAAUCUUGGACUCCAGAGCAGAUUAGUAAAAAGGGCAAUUUGUCUCGAGCCCAUGCACUCUUUAGUUUGGCGUGGUUUCAUGCUGCAUGCCAAGAAAGAAGAAAUUAUAUCCCUCAGGGUUGGACCAAGUUUUAUGAAUUUUCUUUAUCUGAUCUCCGUGCAGGGUAUGAUGUUAUUGAUGGACUCUUUGAUGGUUCCAAAGAUUUUCAGUGGGAAUUUGUGCAUGGCCUGUUCGAAAAUGCUAUUUAUGGAGGCCGCAUAGAUAAUUACUUUGACAUGAGAGUCCUUCGGACCUAUCUGGAACAGCUUUUUAAUUCCAGAGUCAUUGGAGGUUUAAAUCUUAGGGGCAAGAAGAUGACCAGCUUCCCAUAUUCCAUCUCUCUACCCAGUUCCUGCAGUAUUUUGGAUUACCGUGAUAUUAUUGAAAGCCUUCCAGAAAACGAUAAACCCGAUUUCUUUGGCCUGCCUGCCAAUAUUGCACGGUCUUCUCAACGCAUGAUCAGCUCCCUGGUCAUUUCACAGCUUCGAAUCUUGAGCAGAUCAGUAACUGCUGGCUGCAAAUUUGACAGAGAAAUCUGGUCUAAUGAGCUUUCUCCUGUUCUCAGCUUAUGGAAGAAACUUAAUCAGAACUCCAACCUGAUUCAUCAGAAGGUGUCUCCUCCUACUGAGCAACAAGGAUCCCCAAUCUUAUCAUUCAUUAUUCUUGAACAAUUCAAUGCCAUUCUCCUAGUGCAAAGUGUCCAUCAGUCACUUGCAGCUCUCAGUAAAGUCAUCAGAGGCACCUCACUAUUGAGUUCUGAAGUACAGAGUCUAGCGAGUGCUUUAUUAAACCAGAAGUGUCCCCUCACAUGGCAGAGUAAGUGGGAAGGUCCAGAAGAUCCUUUGCAAUAUCUCAGAGGGCUUGUAGCUCGAGCACUUGCUAUCCAGAGCUGGGUGGAUAAAGCAGAAAAAAAGACACUGCUCUCAGACACCCUUGACCUCUCAGAGCUCUUCCAUCCAGAUACAUUUCUUAAUGCCUUACGACAGGAAACUGCAAGGGUAAUGAGCUGUUCGGUGGACAACCUUAAAUUUGUAGCAUCCUGGAAAGGUCAAAUACAAGAAGCAAAGCUCCAAGUUAAGAUAAGUGGCCUGCAACUAGAAGGUUGCAGUUUUGAUGGACAUCGACUUUCAGAAAAUCAGCAUGACUCUCCCAGUGUGUCAUCAGUUCUCCCUUGUUACAUGGGCUGGAUUCCACAGAAUGCAUAUGGUCCGUAUUCUCCAGAGGAGUGCAUAUCCCUGCCAGUCUAUACUAGUGCUGAGAGGGACGGUGUUGUGACGAAUAUUGAUGUGCCCUGUGGAGGAAACCAAGACCUGUGGAUCCAAUGUGGAGCUGCAUUAUUUUUAAAAAAUCAGUAAGAUGAAAGUACACUAACUCUGUGCAGUCAGGUUUUUGAAACAUCUGAGCUGUUUGUUGUCAGAUGGCUUUGGUUUUAUUAUAUGUUAAAUAUUAGUUUUAAAACAGAGGUGUAUAAAUCCCCAGAAUGUUUACAACUUUAAAAAAGAUGAGCUGGGAUUGGAAUACAUUGCAUCUUUUGAGGUGAUGUAAAAAUUAUCCGCAGUACUAUAAUGCCAGACGCACAAGUGGCAGUUUCUCAAGAUUGUAAUGUAAUUUAUUUUCUGUUCUAAUUUGUUGCAAUCUUAUAUUUUGACUAUUGCAGUCCCACAGAGAUUGAACAGAAGUGAAAAUCAAACAUGUUUUCUUUGUUCUGCUUCUUCUUGUAUCUUAUAUCUGUAUUCUGUCUGAUAUGUUAUAUUUACAAUUAUUAUGUAAUAAAAGUAGCUGAUGAGUCUUA